UAAAAGCAAUUACAGGAGUAUUUAGGCUCGUGAUUGUGUAUUUACGCGUGUCCUCUUGGUUUUUUCCACAAAGAACAAAACCAGCGACCCUCUCCCCCUCCCCUCCUCGAUCCUCAUCCCUCCUCACGUAAUGUGUUGCUCAUAUCAUCAAACUUCAAGUCCGCGUCCGUGACCAGGAUUCAAACCAGAGCUGUAUAGAUCCGAAGACAAUCAACACUAACCAAAAAAAAAAAAAAAAAGUCACACUUCAGGGGCGCCAUUCAGUGUCAAACCUGCAGACUUGCCUGCAGACGGGUCCGCUCCACAAAUAUGCAGCACCGGUGGAGGUAGUACUUGCAGUGACUCAGUCAGUGCGCACUGACAAUAAACAGACAAGGCUUGCUUUAAAUGUCAGCAAAUCAAACCCAACAAAAGCAAGGUCACCUUGGGAUCUAGCAGAGAACUGAGGCACGGUUCUGUUUUUCUUCUUCUUCUCGGAGUAGUGUAUCAAAGAGCGCAGCAGUCUCUCAUUCAGGACUUAAUUUGGUGAUAAAUUCACUUUUUUCAAAUUUUGGACUGCACCUGUUUGCCUGGACCCACAUCAUCACGUGAGCUUUACUUUUCUUGGAUGUUAAACAGAGAGAUUUGGGAGGCAUUUAAAGAGAGGAAAAAAGUGACCAGGCUUUUUGAGGUGAGGACUUUGGCACAGGGUCUCGGGAGUGAUGGCGGCGUCUGCACCCUCCUCCUCUGGCGGCGAACCGGAUCCCAACUCGACAAAUUUACGACCACCGGGCUCAAGCUAUGAUGCUUGGUGUGGAGUUGCUCAUGGAUGUACUAGAAAAUUGGGAAUGAAGAUAUGUGGGUUUUUGCAGAAGAACAACAGUCUGGAAGAGAGGAGCAGGAUUGUGAGUUCCCUGAAGGAGCGCGCAGCAAAGAACCUGCUGUCCUGCGAUAACACCGGAGGAGAGGCGCAUUUCAGACGCACCGAGACCGACUUCUCCAACCUGUUCGCCAGAGAUCUCUUGCCCGCCAAAAAUGGAGAGGAGCCGACCAUGCAGUUCUUGCUUGAGGUUGUGGAAAUCCUCACCAAUUACGUUCGGAAGACCUUUGACAGAUCCACCAAGGUCCUGGACUUCCACCACCCCCACCAGCUGCUGGAGGGCAUGGAGGGCUUCAACCUGGAGCUUUCUGACCAGCCUGAGUCUCUGGAGCAGAUCCUGGUGGACUGCAGGGACACCCUGAAGUACGGAGUGAGAACAGGUCAUCCCAGGUUCUUUAACCAGCUGUCCACUGGAUUAGACAUUGUUGGGUUGGCAGGAGAGUGGCUUACCUCCACAGCCAACACUAACAUGUUUACCUAUGAGAUCGCCCCUGUCUUUGUGCUCAUGGAGCAGCUGACACUGAAAAAGAUGAGAGAGAUGAUCGGCUGGCCUGAUGGAGAAGGCGAUGGCAUAUUUUCUCCAGGAGGAGCAAUCUCCAACAUGUACAGUGUGAUGAUUGCCAGAUACAAGUUCUUCCCUGAAGUCAAGACCAAAGGCAUGGCAGCUGCACCCAGACUUGUCCUCUUCACCUCAGAGCAUAGCCACUAUUCCAUCAAGAAAGCCAGUGCGGCUCUGGGCUUCGGGACAGAGAACCUGAUACUUUUGAAUACAGAUAAGAGGGGGAGGGUCAUUCCCGCUGAUUUGGAAGCCAAAGUAAUAGAGGCCAAGCAAAAGGGGUAUGUUCCGAUGUUUGUGAAUGCCACCGCUGGUACCACUGUCUACGGAGCCUUUGAUCCCAUCAAUGAAAUCGCAGACAUCUGUGAAAAGUACAACAUGUGGCUUCAUGUGGACGGUGCAUGGGGAGGAGGUUUGCUGAUGUCCAGAAAACACAGACACAAGCUCAAUGGAGUGGAAAGGGCCAACUCAGUGACCUGGAACCCUCAUAAAAUGAUGGGCGUGCCGCUGCAGUGCUCAGCCGUUCUGGUCAGAGAAAGGGGAUUAUUACAAGGCUGCAACUCCAUGUGUGCUGGUUACCUCUUCCAGCCAGAUAAGCAGUAUGAUGUUACAUACGACACAGGGGACAAGGCCAUUCAGUGUGGACGGCACGUCGAUAUCUUCAAGUUCUGGCUCAUGUGGAAGGCAAAGGGAACAGUGGGAUUUGAACAGCAUAUUGACAAGUGCCUGGAUCUGUCGGCGUACCUCUACAAUAAAAUAAAAAACAGAGAGGGUUUCGAGAUGGUGUUUGAUGAAGAGCCACAGCACACUAAUGUGUGUUUCUGGUAUAUUCCACCGAGCCUGCGCGGCUUGCCUGAUGGCGCUGAGAGGAGGGAGAGGCUGCACAAGGUGGCCCCAAAGAUUAAGGCAAUGAUGAUGGAGUCUGGUACUACGAUGGUGGGUUAUCAGCCACAAGGAGACAAGGUCAACUUCUUCCGCAUGGUCAUCUCCAACCCCGCUGCUACCAGGUCAGACAUCGACUUCCUGAUUGAGGAGAUUGAGCGACUGGGGAGCGACUUGUAAGAGCCACAACUAAACCUACUUUUUCCUCCAAACCAUUUGUGACUCCAAAGAGCCUUGAGCUUGGCUUUGUGUCUCUUUUGUCUCGUAAAGACAUUGAAAUUUUUUGCUUACUGAUCUUCUCUGGCAAUGUACAAGAAAUGAUACGCCCUGUGUGUCUCCUCUCUGUCUUUUCUGUCUUUAGCAGCAAUGACAUGUAGUCAAAACAUUUACACACAAGAUUAUCUGAGUAAAAAGGACAUAAGUCAAAACUGUGAGAGAAUCCCAAAAGCACACUGGUAUUCUUGCUGAACCAUAACUGAAAAUUAACCUACCAUAUAUAUAAUAACGUUGAUUAAAUUAGCCCAAACUCGUCAAAUUCUGCCCUUUUGUCAGUGGUGUCAGUGUCAGACCCCUUCCAGUGGCUUUAUGACCCGACUCUUUACUUCCUGUAUGAAUUGUAAGCUAAACCACUUUUGUUGCCUAAAUGUAAGGAAAUAGACCUAAAAACAAAGUGUUUUAAAUAUGUUGCGAGAUUAUUUUGAAA